AUGUCGGGUUGCUCAGAUGACGCUUCCGCUGUGUCUGUAUUACCUUAUCACUGGAGUCCUAGAAAAGGAGGGUCCAUUCUUGCCAAGUACCUGAAGAAAAGAGAAGACGAUCAUUUUAAAGUUCUCAAGGACCUGCAAGAAGCCACGUCAGGUGUUAACGAAGAAAUCGAAUCCAAAGUCCGCAUCCUGGCUGAAAACCUGCUCUGUGAAAUCAAUAACAACCAACACGAAAUUGAUUGCGUCAUAGCGGAACAGGAUUUGAUCGAAGGUGCUCCACCGGCCGAGAAUCACAACGACGUUUUAAAUAAGAUUGAGAGCGCAAUUUCCGAAAGGCUUCAAGAAAUAAGUGAUUUCAAAGAGGAGGCGCUGCGAUUGGAAAACGAACGCGCCAACGGACUGCGGAAAGUCCUUCACGAUCACUUUGGACGCCUCGUGGCUGUACACCACGAACCUCCAAAGGAACUCUUCCGAAAGUUCGAUGAAAAAAUCUACGAAAUCAAUAAGCAGCUGUUGAGUAAUUGCGCGGCGUACAACGAACUGGAAGAGCAACUGCGUGCGAAAGCAAAUCAGAGCCAGAUAAAAGCUCGUUCGUACAUUAAUCAGUUACGUCUUGGGGUCGUUAUAAAUAAUCGUGGACGCAGCGCUAUACAAUGUGAUAAAAAAGAAAUCAACAUUAACAAGCGGUCGAAGAGCGCUAAGGAAUCGAUUAAAGCCAUUUCUUCGGCUAAACUAUCUCUAACCGAUACUGUGGAGUUAGAUGAGUGUAUUAAUAGGUUUUCAGAGGAAUAUAGGAACGCAAUAACAAAUACAUAUGAGGCAUUUCUAAAAGAACUGAGUGAGUUACAUAAACAGAUUGGUGUCGAGAGUUAUAUACAGAAGCAAAUUUGUUGCGCGAAUGAAAUAAGCAUUUUGGAGAGAAAACUUACGAAGUCAUUUAGCCGCCUGUCGGAAGUUAAUUUCCAAAGCGCAAUGACUAUUAAUCGUGAUUUAUCUGAAUUGGUUGACUGUAUUAAAAUGAUGCAGAAGAGUUUAUUGGCGGUGGGGAACCAGCUCAAAGAUACCUACACACUCCUCCAUGAGGCAAGCCACCUCUGGGAUGCUCAUAUGAUUCGACUUGCGCUCGCUCAAAAGCUUACAAUGGCUGCCGUCGAAGAUCUGGCAACGAGGCACGAUUCAGUGGAGCAAGCCAGCGAUGUCCCGUUUAACAUCGCUUUGGAACAGUUAAUGACGGCGAGUGACGUAGACAAAUUGCAGCAACAUUACGAGGCGUUGGAUGUGUUGCUUACACGAAAGUCUGAAGAAUAUGUGCAGCACGGUGACAUUGAAAUGAGCCGACUGGAGGAGUUUAUCAAGCUACGUGAACCGCUAACGAAUAUUCUACAGGCGGAAUUUGACUUAUUCAUAAGCAAAUAUCCUAUAGCAAGUUACGGAUCAGCCGAAGAUGAAGGCGAGGGAAGCGUUCGGGAGACGCACCCUCGUAUUCACACUUUGAAUAUGAGGCUUCAGACAUCAAUAGCACGUGAUAUAUUUCAAACGGAAGUCGAAGAGAUUGCUCUCAAAAAUUGGAGGAACGGUUUUCUCGAAUCUUUCCGCAACAGUUUGCCUUUACUUUCGGAGAAACUGGAAAAUCAAGUGCGUUCGUGGAUCGAUGAAAGAUCUGUUCCAUUGAAGAAGCGGCACUCGUUUAAAACUUUGUCAUUAGAAGUUCGCAAAGAGCGUAUAGCGGUGGCGCGAGAUUUACGCCUUGCGCAGUUACGGAACCACGAAAAUUGUUUCGAGUCUCAUUUGGGUGCAAUCAAUGAGCUGGCCACUGCUUUGCCAACGGAAGUAUCACAAUUGUUAACAUUUGACACUCCUGGGCUGUAUCCUAUUAGGGAAUGGGCUGAGAGGAUUCGAACGGGUAUGGAUGAACUCAAGGAAACCUCAGUUGAUGACGAGGUGAAGAGAUUGAAAAUGAUGAGUUACGCGACCCGCUUGGCCAACCAUCGCCGUCUUUUCGAGGAGAGCUCAGUCUCUAUUGUGGAGUCGACCAAGAAGCUUAUCGGGCAACGCGUCCAAAUUGCGAGGAUCUCGAACAUCCGCUUCGUAUCACAUUUGAAGCUGUUCAGUGAAGGCGGCAACCACUCCGCUACGGAAGCGGCGAAGAUGUGUGCCGCGUUGGUGAAGGCUGAUGAUAUCGUGGAGGGUUGCGUGGGCCGCGCUUUGGAUGCCUUAAAUCAUCGUCGAGUGGACCUUCUUUCUCAGGCAGACCAGCUUAUUCAUCCGUUGAAAACGAUCGCAGAGGAUGUUAUCAAGGAAACAGGGAAAGGUUUGGAGAAUGUGCAACUCUUGGACAAAUACAACGUACGGAAUCCGUCAAAAGGCACGCUGUACUUCGCAACGACGCACCUCAUAUUCGUCGACCAUGAGAUGAGGAAAGAGACUUGGAUUCUCCUGAUGCACAUCUCGUCAGUGGAGCGUCUUCCCAUCACCACCACCGGCUCACCGCUCCUGGUGCGCACCAAGACCUUCCAGUCGGUGUUCUUCGUCAUCCCCCGGGAGAGGGACUGUCACGAAAUGCACCAGACCCUGUUGAGGCUCAGUCAACCAGUACACAUCGAGGAGCUGUACUGCUUCCACUACAAGUCGACACCCGACGACCUACCGAAGUCUGCGGGGUGGAACUUCUUCGACAUACAGACGGAGUACCAGCGCAUGAACGUCCCCAACGAGCACUGGGUUCUGUGCAACGGCAACAAAGAUUACGAGCUGUGCGACACGUACCCGAGCGAGGUGUACGUGCCGGCGCGCGCGUCCACCGCCGUGCUCGUGGGCAGCGCGAGUUUCCGCUCGCGCGGCCGCCUCCCGGUGCUGGCCUACCUGCACCACAACGGGGCGGCGAUAGCGCGCUGCAGCCAGCCGCUCAGCGGCUUCUCGGCCAGCGGCUUCUCGGCCAGG